AUGUCGAAUGCUACAAGACUCGCGGAGCAAGGAAUAUGCCCGGGCCCAUUCUUGCAAGAGGACCUCUUCCCAGCGGCGGGUGGAUUUGUUGACGGCAGGUUCUGUGCCGAUAUGCUAGGCGGCUCCAAGUGUUGUCUACCUUGUCCACAGACCGACUGGCUUUACCCGGACAACUUCCGGACGAUCUCCAAUUCCGCUAGUUGGAUAAACGUUGGAGGGAUGGCGUGCUCCCUGUUCUUGUUGGCAUCCUUCGCUUUUCUUCCCAAGGAGAAGACCCACCGGCAUUACCUGAGCAUAUGCCUGGCCGUGGCAAUCAUAGUAAUGCAGCUCGGAUUCAUUGUGCCCUUGGGGGCACGACCGGAGGCGUGUUACAACGCCAUCACUCCGCACGACAUGAAAACCAGCACAACCUGUGCGCUCUCGGGUGCCUUCUUGCUCGCGGGGGGCUUCUGCGCUGUGAUGUGGAUAUUCUUGAGAGCACUCGCUCUCCACCUCCAGAUCUGCUGGGAAAUCGUGAUUGGAAAAACGUUCAUGUGGGCAGCUCUCGCUACCGGAUGGGGGAUCCCAGCGCUCAUCGUGACAGUGGCCAUGAUCUUCAGCGGAGUGUCGUUCCGCUUUGGAGAUACCUGCCACAUCAACCACAAGAACAGCCUGGCCGGUUUCUGGAUUCCGCUUCUGGUCUUUGCGGGAAUCACGGUUUUCAUCCAGUUCGGGACCUUUGCGUACUGCAUCAAAGUCUACCUGGCCUCGCUUAGGGAUGACUCGACAACGACCAGCAGUUCCGGCUUGAGGUCAAACGCCACCAGUCUGAUGGGAAAUAUCUCGCCUGGACAGGCGUACCGAAGAGUCCGGAGGGUCAUCGAACUGCAGUGGCGAGGAAUUACAAUCGUCAUCCUUAUCAUUUGCGAUGUUAUCUUUUUCGCCGUCGUCUUUGUCUUUAUGGACGAUCUCGAAACGAGCGCCGUCAAGAAUCCAUCGAAGGCCAAGGACUGGCUUCAAUGCCUAGCUUUUGGGGGUAGCAAGAACGAAUGUCUCAAGCUCGCGAGUAAUCUGGUGAUCAACCAAGCGACCGUGAUGGCUGUCCUCAUGCUACUCUCUCUGAAUGGGAUAUUUUCGCUGCUGUUCCUCGGCCGCUACUCCAUGUUCGUCGGCUGGUACGAGAUAAUCAUGUGCAAAAUGAGGCCCAACAACGAGUUCAUCUCCGCCGAUGUCCGCGCUUUCAAAGUUCCGGUCUCUUCUUACGAAAUGCUCAGCAAAGAACGCGACCGUGGCACCAGAAAGAUCCCGGAGCCGAUCAAGUCUGACCCUAUCAGCCCGCUCUCACCACAAGCCGCCAGAGGCGGGCGCGAGACACCCGACUACUUUGGCCGGGAAGCCCGAUACAAGUCACCCUCACAUUCGUUCUCCGGCCCUAAGGUACCGGUUGCCCACGCGGCCACGAGUCCGCCGCCCAGAGCUUUUUAUCCAUAUGCUGGAAUUCAUAUGGAUCCUCUGUCGAUGAACAAAAUCUAG